AUGUCGAGUUUCUUACACAAAUUCAAACAGAAAAAGAGUCCGUUCCUUACGGAGCAAGAACGGAAGAAGCAGCAAAAGAGUGCGUUCCCUACUGCCUCCACCGAGCGACGCACAAUCUAUGUAAAUAUGGACAUCCCAAGCGAAGAACUAGACGACUAUGGACAGCCGACAAAAACCUACAUAUCCAACCAAAUCAGAACAGCAAAAUACACUUGGUACACAUUUCUGCCAAAAAAUCUAUUCGAGCAAUUCAGAGGCAUUGCAAAUCUAUAUUUUUUGUUCCUGGUGAUCCUUCAGAUGUUUCCUUUGUUUAGCUCAGCAGCCUCACCGGUGCUUGUUGUCUUGCCAUUGGCUGCCAUCCUCGUUUUAACAGGUGCCAAAGAUGCAGUGGAAGAUAACAAACGACACAAGACAGAUGAAAGCGUCAACAAAGCAAUCACAUAUACCCUCACAGCAUGGAGAAAUGUCAACAUUGCUGCUCAUCAAGUGCCUCGCUGGAAACGAUGGCUGCACUCCAUGAAAUCCCUCUUUGCUCGCAAGCCAAAAGACAAUCAACAAUUUGAAUUAACUGCAACAAGGGGUGGUGUUCUUAGCCGAGCCAACACUAGUUACAGCACUGCGAGCUACCAUGAUGAAGAUUCCUCACAUCUACCAGCAUCACCUUCUCUCAGCCUCACAUUUAAAAACAAAUUGCGCUCCACAACAUCGUUUUCAAAGAUCCUGGCAUCCAAGAGAAAGAGCCGCAUGCCCUAUCGACCGGGACAAGUGCCACAUUCAGUUUUGCGAUCCAGCAAAUUGGUCAAAUCCACAUCAGAAGCCGACGACGAAAAGAAGCGCACCAAAGCAGCAGCAGCAUCAUCCGCUCGACAGCCUCUGGAUAAGCGAUGGCGUCGGACGCUAUGGGAGGAUAUCAAAGUAGGUGAUUUUGUGGUGCUUCGCAAUGACGAUGCCAUCCCUGCAGACAUUGUUGUAUUAUCCAGCUCGGAACCAGAUGGACUUUGCUAUGUGGAGACGCAGAAUUUGGAUGGUGAGACGAAUCUCAAAAUUAAACGCUCGCUGCAAGCUACCAAUGAAAUCAGUACACCUGAAGAUUGUGAACGCAGUAAAUUCUACAUUGAAAGUGAGCCUCCUCAUGCCAAUCUGUACUCUUACAAUGGCGUGCUCAAGUGGAAAGUGGAGAACAAUGAUUUGAUUCGAACCGAGACGACACGAAGACGCAUGAAUGGCGAUGAAGGAUUUGCCAUGACAAGUGAAUCGUCUGAAGAUACAACCGUGGAGCUGGAGACCAUCAAUGAAUCUCGCCGCAAUGUGGAUCUGGAUGACGAGGAGGAUGAUUUUCACACCAUCAGUAGUGAUGGCACGGAUGAUGAAGAGCAGGUGUCGCAUGAAAAGACCGAAGCCAUCACUGGAAGUUCUGUGCUUUUGCGUGGCUGUGUGCUGAGAAAUACCAGUUGGGUCAUUGGCAUGGUGCUGUUUACUGGUAAUGAGACCAAGAUCAUGCUCAAUUCAGGUAAAACACCGAGCAAACGAAGUAAGAUGGAGAAGGCUACCAACCCCUAUGUUAUUGUCAAUUUUGUACUCUUGUUGAUCUUGUGUUUGAUCUGCUCCAUCGCUGCUAGUAUUGUAUACAACAGUGGAACCUCGUCAACUUAUUUUGAGAGUAAAGAUGCAGAGAGCGGCACCAUGGAAGGCUUUAUCAUGUUCUGGACAUCGCUAGUGAUUUAUCAAAAUAUUAUACCCAUUUCACUCUACAUUUCCGUUCAGAUUGUCAAGACUGCCGCCGCCUACUUUAUUUACACAGACAUUGACAUGUACAACGAGCGACUGGAUCAGCCUUGCACUCCCAAAACAUGGAAUAUUUCAGACGACCUUGGACAAAUUGAAUACAUCUUUUCAGACAAAACUGGUACUCUGACGCAGAAUAUCAUGGAAUUCAGACGAUGCACAAUCAAUGGCGUGUGCUAUGGCCUGGGUGACACAGAAGCAGCCGUAGGUGCUCGCUUGAGAGACGGAGAUGUCGCCAUGGACUCGGCCAAGAUAUCCAACAAAAUUGACCUAGACAAAGCGCGUGCCGAGAUGCUACAAAAGCAGCGAGAGCUCUUCAACCACAAAUACCUCAAUCCAAAGUCGACUUUUGUCGACCCUCAGCUGUUUGACGAUAUCAGUGCUCAGGACGAGCAAUCUCAAAGCGUGGUCCAUUUCUUCUCUGCUUUAGCAUUGUGUCAUACUGUGAUUCCAGAAGUGCCCGACCCUGACCAUCCCAACAAUAUUGACUAUAAAGCACAAUCUCCUGACGAGGCUGCACUGGUUGCAACUGCAAGAGAUAUGGGAUUCACAUUCAUCGCGAGAGAACAAGAUAAUGUGGUGGUAGAUAUCAUGGGCGAGCAGCGUAGUAUGCAUUUGCUGCAUGUAUUGGAAUUCAACUCGACACGAAAGCGUAUGAGUGUUAUCAUGCGAUCACCUCAGGAUGGAAAGAUUGUAUUACUUUGUAAAGGUGCUGAUUCUGUCAUCUACGAGCGACUAUCCACUGGCUUGGAGAAGAUGGUGGAUGACGAAACAAGCCAAAAUCAACUCAAGAUUAGAGAAGAGACCUUGAAUCAUUUGAGUGUAUUUGCAAACGAAGGUCUUCGUACAUUGUGUAUUGCCAGUCGCGUCAUUGACGAAGAAGAAUACCAGCGUUGGUCAGCCCGCUAUAAAGUAGCAUCCAACAGCAUCAGCAACCGGGAAGAGCAGAUUGAAAGUGUCUGUGAAGAGAUUGAGAAUUCAUUGACAUUGAUUGGUGGAACAGCCAUCGAAGACAAGUUACAAGAAGGCGUGCCUGAUACGAUUGGCGUCUUGGCUGAGGCGGGUAUCAAGAUAUGGGUAUUGACAGGCGAUAAAGUGGAAACAGCCAUCAACAUUGGUUUUGCCUGUAAUUUGUUAACAAAGGACAUGCUACUGAUCAGUGUCAAUGCCCGUAAUGAAGAGGAAACCAUGGAGCAGCUGAGAAGAUCUAUUGAAGAAGUAGAGGAAAAGUCCAAGACUCAGAAAUGCGCUCUGGUGAUUGAUGGUGAGUCGCUCAAGUACGCUUUGGAGCCUCAGUGCAAGCAAGAAUUGCUGGACUUGGGUACGCAAUGCCGUGCAGUGAUCUGUUGCCGUGUCAGUCCAAUGCAAAAGGCCAAGGUCGUCAAUCUCGUCAAGAAAGGGCUCAAGGUCAUGACAUUGGCUAUUGGCGAUGGUGCAAACGAUGUGUCCAUGAUUCAAGAAGCCAAUGUAGGUGUCGGUAUCUCGGGCGAAGAAGGUAGACAGGCUGUCAUGGCGUCUGAUUAUGCUAUUGCUCAAUUUAGCUACCUGAGUAAACUGCUACUGGUGCAUGGCAGAUGGUCGUAUCUGCGAACGUCAGAGAUGAUCCUGACCUUUUUCUACAAGAACAUUAUGUGGACAUUGGUACUUUUCUGGUAUCAGCUAAUGUGUGGGUUCACUGGCACCAUGAUGUUUGACUACUCGUACAUUACCUUGUACAAUUUGGUGUUUACUUCUUUGCCUUGUAUUUUUGCUGGCGUCCUUGAUCAAGAUCUCAAAGCCGAAUACUCUUUCAAAUUCCCUCAGUUGUAUCUGAUGGGCAUUAGAAACGAUAAAUUUACUACAACGCGCUUCUUUUUGACUGUGGUAGACGCCAUCUAUCAAUCAUGCGUGUGCUUUGGAUUGCCGUACAUGGUGUUCAUUGGACCCAAGCUUAGCAGCGAUGGGUACGAUACAGAAGGCGUUGUGGAAUUGGGCACGUUUAUUGCUGGUAUUGCUGUUGUCGUGGCCAAUGUCCUUGUCGGAUUCACUAUUUUCAGUUGGACUUGGAUCAUGUUUCUGUGUAUCUUUCUAUCCAGUGCUACCUUCUUUAUCUGGACAGGUAUCUACUCCAACAUUAUGACAUUUACAUUUUACGGUGAAGCUAUUCUCUUUGGUGAAGGCACGUUUUGGUUGUGUCUGAUUUUGACAUUUGCCGUGUGUCUUUUACCGCGUUAUACUGCCAAUUACUACCUGCAAGCUUAUCAUCCCUACGACAAUGAUAUCAUUCGUGAAGUUGUGCUUUGCAACUCUUCUCUUCUUGGAUCUUCUGCCCUGAAAUUCUUGCGCAGUGGAAAGCAAAAGGAACACUAUAGCGAUGAAGACGAAGAAGAGCUUAAUUUGACACGCACGCGAUCUGAAUCAGAGCAGCUACGCCAUCAACACUUGUUGGAAGAUGAAGAAAGCGGCAGUUACGCGUUGAAGAAGCAAAAGAAACGCAGUCGAUUUGGCCUGCAAAGAACGCUGACCAACGGAUCUACCAAGAGCGAAAUCAUGUACAUGAAGACUGGUAAACGCACAUCCUUCAUGGGUUUUGCCUAUUCCUCAGAUGAUGCCCACGUAUUUGAUGAAUACAGAAAAUCAGUGUAUCGCACCAACACAGGGGGCAGCCAUCUCUCUCAGGCCAGCCUAGCGCUCAACGCCAAGUCUAGACUGUCCAUGAUUAGCUUGCCUGGCAAAGAAAACGAUCAGGACUGGAUGCCUAUUGAUGGAUUCCGCCUGCGACAAUAUGAUACGGAGCCUUCUAUUCACUCUAGCAAGAAGGCGCCCAGCAGCUUUGGUAAAAAGAUGAUGAAAGCUAUGAAAAACCGCAUGCAUAAACAACAACCCCAUCAGCCCAGGUUGGAUCCCAUCACACGAGAAUCUUCCAUGGAUUCAUCUAAUGCAGACAAUUUGAUCCUACUGCCAUUGACACCUACCAAUCAAAACGAGAACUUUGUAGCGCCCAUUCCUCCCUCUACACCUUCAACUGAAGAAUUGACAUAUCAGCCUAUCACGCAUAUUCAACCAAUUCAACCAUUCUUAUUACAUCAACAUCAUCAAAGUAGCCACCAUGAUGCUAUUUCGCCUUCAAGCCCUAGUGAUCAUUUACAGCAACAUCAACCAUCUCAUCUCUCCCACAAUCAACACGAUGACCGCAAUAACCAUUCUUCUUCUUCAUCCUCUCCAACCCAUUAUUAA